GCAAUUCCCGGAAACGGAAUAUUCUGGCUUCACUUUAGCAUAACGGCAGGAGGUGGAGACCGUCAAUGGCGGAUAGCAGUCACACAUAUGUCGGUAGUUUCCCCAAACAUUAGAAAACAUGGCCGCUUCCAUUGAGAGUUUACUGGGGGAAAUCUCCAGUGUUGAAGACCCAGUUGAAGAGCUGCAGAGUUUAAAAACGGCCCUGUUAUCGAUCCCUCUCAGCGCGUUGAGGGACUCAGUGAGCGGACUGCGUUUGGAUGUUAUAUUUGCUCUCUUAAACACCAAUGACAGGGAGCAGAUUGAGCUGUGUGUUGACAUCCUUGAACGCAUCUUAAUGGCUCUCAGCCCUGUGUACCUGGGCCAGAACUACAGAGCAGAGCUGCAAGGGGGUCUGACCCAUCCUGAAGAAACUGUUAAGAUACUGGCCUUGACGCAGAUUGGUCGAAUGGUGGAGCACCCCGAAGCUGUCACCGAAAUCCUCAACAACCAGGACAUUCUUCGAGGAGUGAUCCACUGCAUCAGAGAAGAGAAGAUGGCUGUGGCAAAGCAGGCCAUUCAGUCCUUAUCCAAACUGAGUCACUCCAAACCUGGCUUAGACAAACUGUUCCAGAGCGAUCUGCUGAAAGUUAUGAAGGAUGUGAUGGCCACGAGUGAUAUCAUCAGAUACAGAAUAUAUGAGCUGGUGGUGGAAAUCUCGUCUGUGUCUCCCAUUUCCCUCGGUUACUGUGCCAACAGCAGCCUCAUUUCUCAGCUGCUUGGAGAACUGACAGGAGAUGAUGUAUUAAUCAGGGCAACAGCUACUGAGAUGGUGACAAAUCUAGCCCGCAGUCUGCAUGGCCGGCAGUACUUGGCCCAACAGGGUAUAAUGGACAAGAUCUCUAACAUGAUUAGAGGAGCAGAAACUGACCCCUUUUCCUCCUUCUAUCUUCCAGGUUUGGUGAAGUUCUUUGGGAACCUGGCCAUUAUGGACAGCCCCCAGCAGGUUUGUGAAACCUACCCGGUCUUUCAGAACAAGGUGUUCGAGAUGGCUCUGGACCCGGACCCUGUGAUGAUCGGAGUGGCCCUGGACACUUUGGGCUUACUCGGGGCUACCGUGGAAGGGAAGCAGGUCCUGCAGAAAACUGGAGAAAAAUUCAAGGCGGUGUUGUUAAGAAUGAGCCAUCUCGCCAGAUCUGGAGCUACAGAGCUCAGAGUGCGCAGCCUGGACGCCAUAUCACAACUGCUCACUCUACAGCCAGAGCAGCAGACAGAAGACCUGUUGGCCCUAACUGAGUCCUGGUUCCACCUUUUGUCCGACCACCCCAUAGACAUGAUUCACAACAUCAGCACUCAGCCUUUCCCUGAGCUGCAUUGCGGGGCUCUGCGGAUAUUCACUGCCAUCGCCACGCAGCCAUGGGGUCAGAAGUUAAUGAUCAGUACUCCCGGUUUCAUGGAGUUCAUUUUGGAUCGUUCAGCGGGUCAGACCAAGGAGGCCAAAGAUGCUAAGUUUGAACUGGUGGGGUCACUUGUGAGCUCAUCAACAGCAGCAGAGAUACUGGGCAGCCAGCAUUACGUACGUCUGAAGACCUACCUGAGAGAAGGACCUUACUAUGUUUCAGCAGUGGCUGCAGUCAGCACAGAAGGAGCAGACUGAUUCCAACAAACUCAGAUACAUUUUAUGGGUCUUUAGUUGAUGCUUAAGUAAUGGUUGAGCGCUUGAAUAAUCUAACUGUGGGUUAACGUAUUAUACUCUGCUAUAAUAAACUAAUUCUCUGAUAAAUAGUUCUAACAGAUCAGGACAUGGUGGUAACUAGCUCAGUUCACUAAUCUCAGUUUUUCCAUCUUCAGCAGUGUUUUAGAACUUUAUCAUCUCAGCUGCACCCAGAAAUUUUAAUUCAUAACUGAUGGUUUAAGUAUUUUGGACCAAUUUAAAAACAACUGAGAAAUUUAUUACUUACAUUAUUAUCCAUUACUUGUUAUGCCUGAGCCCUCAGUUGUUCCUCUGUUAGGUUUUACUCACAUAAAUAUAUUUGUCAGGCUUUUCUGAUGGGACAUAAAUAGUAAACAUUUGAUCAUCAUCAGUCAUUUUCCUUUAUUUUACUUCAUGAGUAAAUCUAGUAUUGUUUGUAAAAUAAAUUUUAUAAAUGUUUUGUAAUGCACAGUUAAAGUUUCCAAACAUAAAACUACAUUUUUUUGUAAUAAGUUAUUUGCUACAAAUAUGAAAUAAAAAUGAAAAAGUAAAAUAGUGAAAUCUAAGAGAGUAAAGGGACAAAAUCCUCUCUUGGGUAUUUUAGUAAUAGAACAUCAACAUUAGGAAUCCACUUAAAAUUAUCGCAACACAUAAACCACAAGAUGCAUCAUGGAUGCUGAAAGUCCACACCAAAAAAAAUCUAACUUGGUGCCAUCAUUGCACAAGAAGAAUCAACAUUAAAAGAUGAAGGAUACAACUGUGUUUACGAUGAAAUCUCCACAUCAUAUGACAAACGGCGUCCACAUGAUAUGUUAACACAUGUUUAGUUAUUGUGUCUUUACCACAUACUUAAGCAAUACUUAAAGAGCCACUUAAUACUUCAAGAGUGUUUACAUUUUUACACUCAAUAUAUUACACAGAAACACUCACACCAUCUCGUAUCUUUCAUACCAAACAGGACUCAACCAAAAACGCAAACUAUAAAAAGACCUCAGUUCUCCAAAUCCAUCAGAUGUUGAUUUCAUUUUUUUGUGUCAAGAAUAUUUUUGUUUACUAAAUAUAAUGAAGUUUUUUUUUAUUAAAGGGGAUGCAGUCUGACCAUGGA